GUUUAUCCCAUUCUGUCUCAAGACGCAGUUGAUGUCCACUAGUUGAGGUCCGGUCCGCCUUUAUCUUCCCCCACCCCUCACGAUGGAGCGAUUCAAAAAGGCCAGGGAAGCGCUUGCAACAGACUAUACCUGGAACCGUGUGGGACGGUUUGCCGUCACUGGCGCCAGGGCCCUGCCUAAAGCUUCGGUGGAAUAUGUGGCAGAAAAGUUCCCCAUUUUCCAAUGGAUUCCGCUAUACGACCCCCGCUGGCUGGUCAACGACAUGGUGGCGGGCCUGACCGUUGGUCUUAUGCUCAUCCCCCAAGGGUUGAGUUAUGCUCGUAUUGCUACGGUUCCUGUCCAGUAUGGCCUGAUGUCGAGCUGGCUUCCCUCGGCCAUCUACGCCAUCAUGGGCACGACGAAGGAUGUGUCCACGGGUCCGACAUCCCUGAUAUCCAUCUUGUCGGCCCAGGUCAUCGAGGCAGUCGGGGAGGAGAGCGGGUCUCCCUCCGAGAUUGCCUCGGCCAUCGCCAUGAUGGUCGGCAUCUACAGCCUUGUCACAGGGCUUCUGAAGCUCGGGUUCCUUUUGCAAUUCAUCUCGCUUCCGACCCUUACGGGCUUCAUCUCUGCCGUUGCCAUCACCAUCAUCCUCAACCAGCUCGACUCGCUUCUAGGCGAACCCAGCCUGGGCGACGGAACAGCAACACAAAUCCACGAGGUCUUCCAGCGACUGCCGCAGGCCAACGGGUGGGCCUGUCUCGUCGGUUUCUCCAGCCUCCUGCUCCUGACCCUGCUCAACCAGGCCGGAAAGCGGUGGGGAAAGGAAAAUAAGAUUAUCUGGUUUGCCUCGAUUACUCGCGCCUUCAUCACCCUUGUGCUUUUCACCGGGGUCGGAUAUGCCGUCAACAAUCCACGCGGUAGCUCAGACAAAUUCCUGUUCGGGGUCGCCGAGGUCCACGGCAACGGCCAAGAGCCCCCGAGCAUCCCCAAAGCCGAGUUGCUGUCCAAGGUGGCAACCCAGAGCAUCAUAAUCUUUGUCGGAAGUGGAAUCGAGCACACGGGAAUCGCGUAUGGGUUCGGAGUCGAAAACAACUACGUCCCGGACCAAAGCCAGGAACUGACAUUCCUCGGCGUGGCCAACAUUGCCAACAGCUUCUUCCAUGCCAUCGGUGUAGGAGGGGCCAUGUCGCGGACGGCCGUGAACUCGGCCUGCCUGGUCAGGUCGCCCCUUUCCGGCUUCGUCACGACGGCUGUGGUGCUGGUCUCCAUCUUCAAGCUGGUCGGUACCCUCUACUGGAUACCGAAUGCGACAUUGGCCGCCAUCGUUAUCAACGCUGUGUUCCCCUUGAUAUCACCACCCGCCGUCUUCUAUCGAUACUGGAGGGCGUCGCUCGCCGACUUUGUGUCAUCCAUGAUCGCGAUGUGGGUGUCCUUGUUUGUGUCGACGGAGAUUGGCAUUGCGAGUUCGGUAGGCUUCAACGUUGCCUAUGUCUUGCUGCGACAGGUGUUUGCGCGGGUUUCCACUUUCAACUGCCAGUCCGAACUCGAGGCUGUGCUCGACGACGCCCGCAAGCUGCCGUCGUCCGUCCCCAGCGACACGCGAAUAUUCCAGCUCAACGAUGUCAUUUUCCUGAACGCAUACCGUGUGAAAACCAGCGUCAUUGAAGCCAUCAAGACUCACCACGCACCGAUCUUUUUCAGCGCCGAGGGCCAGGAAGCCGAGCGGAGCUGGUCCGUCUCGCGGGAGGAACGCCUGGCCAAGCUCCGCCGCCGCGCGGGGAUCCAUGCGUCGUCCUCGUUGCCGCCCAUUCAGCUCGUUGUGCUGGACUUUGGCCGGACCAACCACAUCGACACGACCGCUUGCACCCACCUCAAGGUGCUUCUCUCGGAAAUCAGAGCAUACGGGGGGUCUGAGGUCUUGGUCCGGUUUGCAGGCAUGUCCGACUAUGUCCGGCAGCGGUUUGAGCGAGCUGGCUGGAACAUGAUCUGUGAUGGCGACGAGACAGGCGAGGAAGGACUGGAUGAGGGACAGGGAGUCAGGGCGUGCUGCAAUGUUUGGCAUGCGGUAACCGACCCAAAGCGACGAGGAAGCCUGAGAAUUGUCGCGGGCGGCGAGGAGGAGCCCAAGGAUCAGUUGUUGGCGAAACACAACGAGUCGAGUACACCGCCUACUCCAGUGGACAUUGGAGACAGGCCGAGGUGAGAAACCUGAAGAUAGACUUGGCGUCGCAAUCGAACCAGCCCCUCUGCAUCCAGGCAGUCCCGCAAGCCCAACUUCGUGCACAGGCCUGAGAUGUCGCGUGCUUUUGCCGUAUGGAAACUUUGCAGGAACCUACGGAGCCAGCCGUGCCGACCCGACCAGCAGUCCCUUGAACCAGUCGCAUCAGACCUAGGCCCAACUGGAGAUAGUGAGAGCUUGUGUCAGACGCCGAUUCGUGGCAGGUUGGACCAGAGGUG